AUGGUCCGCAUCAUCCCUGGACGACUCAAGUCCAGCUCCUCCCUUCGCAACAGCCGCAGCAGCAGUCCUACGAGAAACAACAGCACCGGUAGCACCAACAGCAAGAUGGAUUUGAGUCCAAAGGAGAAUGGCUUGACCUUGAAGGUUGUCGUCAUGAAGGCUCGAAAUCUCGCCGCAAAAGACAGACGCGGCACGUCCGACCCGUACCUGGUCUUAACCCUCGGUGAUGCCAAAGUCACCACCCACGAGGUGCCCAAGACUCUCAAUCCGGAGUGGAACGUUAUCGAAGAACUCCCAGUAAAUUCGACCCAGAGCCUUCUUCUCGAUGUUAUAUGCUGGGACAAGGACCGCUUCGGCAAGGACUAUCUCGGCGAGUUCGACCUUGCUCUGGAGGAGAUAUUCGCCAAUGAGCAAACCGAGCAAGCCCCGAAAUGGUAUCCUCUCAAGAGCAAGAGACCGGGUAAGAAGACGAGUGUUGUGUCUGGCGAGGUCAUGCUCCAGUUCACCCUUUUCGACCAGUCCAACACGGCCGCUACCCACGAACAAAUAUUCGAGAAGCUCAAUGCUCUGCUCAAUCUACUACCCGCGGGUUCCCGACAAAUUACACCGACCAUGACACCCCUCAUUCAGCCAGUCCAGAAUAUGAGGCUUAGCGGAACAGCUCAGUCACCCCCACUGUCGCGUAAUCAGACCGACGCUUACCAAGAAGACGAUGAUGACGAUGAUCUCGAUAUCGAAGAUGACACCCCCGAGGACGAUGAUCCCAGCAAGCCCGAAGUCGCCGAGAAACGGAAGCGCCGUCUGAGGAUCAAGGGGUUGAAGAAGAAGAGGAGAGACCAAACAUACGAAUUCAAUAAUAGUGGAAGCGACGUUGUGGGAGUCAUCUACCUCGAAGUCUUGAACAUCACGGAUCUGCCUCCCGAACCCAACUCGACCCGGACUACAUUUGACAUGGAUCCUUUCGUCGUCGCAUCACUCGGCAAGAAGACAUAUCGAACGAAGCGAGUGCGGCACAAUCUGAACCCGGUUUUCAAUGAAAAGAUGAUUUUCCAAGUACAGGGCCACGAGCAAACAUACUCGUUCUCCUUUACUGUGAUGGACCACGACAAGUAUUCUGGGAACGACUUCAUUGCCGACUGCUCAUUGCCUAUUAGGGAGCUUAUUGACAAAACCCCCAAGGCAGAUCCCGAAACUGGUCUGUACGAUGUUCCCGAACCCCAUGAGUAUGUGGCCCCUCAACAACGCCGCUUCAAGAAGCUCGCGAUGUCCCGUACGUCGUCUUCCCAAAGCUUAAGCAAGGUGCGACCUGGCUUGUCGAAGAAUGCAAGCAGUGCGUCCACGAUUACCCAGACCGGAACGCCAACACCAACGCCUCCCGCCCAGGGCUCGACUUUGACCACGGAGUCUCUGUCUCCUGAGCAAGCUCUUGCAGGAGCCGGUGCGCAGACUGCUGAACUAGAGGCUGACGACGCUGAAUUCCACGACUUCAGUGUCUCCUUAAAGAUGAAGGAUGCCAAGAAGUGGGAGGCCAAGCACAAUCCGGUCCUCUAUAUCCGCGCCAAAUACGUCCCCUACCCGGCGUUGCGUCAGCAAUUCUGGAGAUCGAUGCUCAAACAAUACGACACCGACGAGAGCGGCCGCAUCAGCAAGAUUGAGCUGACUACGAUGCUCGAUACCCUCGGAUCGACGUUGCGCGAGUCAACUAUUGACAGCUUUUUCCAGCGAUUUCCUCACAGAGCUCAAGGCGAUGACAUUUCGGACCUAACGUUCGACGAAGCUGUGAUAUGCUUGGAGGAUCAGUUGGAGGCCAAGAGCCGCCCGCAACUCACCAUCGCAGACAGAAUGAAGGGCAUGAUGCCCGAUGCCGACAAAGUCAAGAAUCUGCUUUCUGCUCAGGGUACCAGCAGCGCUCCCAGUAGUCUACCGGCAGAAGGGUCUAGCUCAUCCGAGGGAACACUUGACGUACCAGAGCUUAGCACUCCAGGAGAGGAAGGUGACUUGCUCGACAGGGACGACUUGGCUGAGGAUCGUGCUGGCGAAGAGCAUGUGGUCGAAAUCAGAGAAUGCCCCAUCUGUCACCAGCCGCGCUUGAACAAGCGCAAGGAUACCGACAUUAUCACUCACAUUGCGACGUGUGCAAGCCAGGAUUGGAGACAAGUCAAUAAUCUGGUCAUGGGCGGCUUUGUCACCGCCAGCCAGGCCCAGCGCAAGUGGUACUCCAAGGUCAUUACGAAGAUCUCAUAUGGUGGCUACAAGCUCGGUGCCAACUCGGCCAAUAUCCUUGUUCAAGAUCGAAUCACUGGCCAAAUCAACGAGGAAAAGAUGAGCGUGUACGUCAGACUGGGUAUUCGCCUAUUGUACAAGGGACUCAAGUCGAGCAACAUGGAGACCAAGCGAAUUCGCAAGAUGCUCAAGAGCAUGAGCGUUAAGCAGGGUAAGAAGUUUGACGACCCGGCUUCGAAGGCUGAGAUCCCCAAGUUCAUUGAGUUUCAUCGCCUCGACAUGUCCGAGGUGCGCCGCCCGAUGGAGGAGUUCAAGAACUUCAACGAGUUCUUCUACAGAGCUCUGAAGCCUGAUGCUCGCCCUUGCUCCGCCCCUGAUCGUCCGGACGUCGUCGUCUCCCCUGCCGACUGCCGUAGCGUUGUCUUCAACAGUGUUAGCCAGGCGACCAAGGUUUGGAUCAAGGGCCGCGAGUUCUCCAUUAAGCGUUUGCUUGGUGACGCUUAUCCCGAAGACGUGAAGCGCUUUGAGAAUGGUGCUCUUGGUAUCUUCCGGUUGGCGCCGCAGGACUACCAUCGCUUCCACAUCCCUGUUGAUGGUGUUUUGGACAAACCGAAAACGAUUGCCGGAGAAUACUAUACGGUCAAUCCGAUGGCUAUUCGCUCGGCUCUCGAUGUCUACGGCGAGAACGUUCGAGUUCUUUGUCCAAUCGACAGUCCGACACACGGCCGCGUCAUGGUCAUAUGUGUUGGUGCCAUGAUGGUUGGUAGUACUGUGAUCACCCAGAACGAGGGUGCCCAAGUGAAGCGUGCCGACGAACUAGGCUACUUCAAGUUUGGUGGCAGCACGAUUGUUUUGCUGUUUGAACCUGGCAAGAUGAAGUUUGACGAUGAUCUGACUGACAACUCCAAUGGAGCUCUCGAGACUCUGGUUCGCGCAGGCAUGUCUGUCGGACACGCUCCCGAUCAGCCUCAGUGGGGUCCCGAUAUGCGGAAAGACGCAAAGGACGUCACCGAUGCUGAAAAGAAGGACGCCAAACGCCGUAUAGGAGGCAGCCUCGGAAGUGAGGAGUCAUCCAGUGGCGAAGAGACACCGAACGCAAGCGCCGGCAUCAAUACGCACGCUGCGUCGGCCAUGUAG